AUGAGCACCAGAGACUUGAUAGAGGGCGAGGCGCUGUUGGAUGACGAGGAGAACGAUGAGGAGUUCGACGAAGAGACCGGCGAGCCCAUCAGAGGUCCUAGCAAAGGACAGUCCAAUUCAUACGAUGAUUCCAGUGAAGAGGAUGAUGAAGAAGAGGAAGACGAGGAAGCUGCUCGCGCGGUUCGUGAAGGAUUUAUCGUUGACGAAGAUGAAGAAAUCGAGGAACGCGCCGAGCGCCGCCGAGAACGAAAGAAGCGCAGACGAGAGGAGCGUGAGAGAGAGGAGAUUGUUCUUGAUCAGGAAGAUUUAGAUCUCAUCGGCGAGCAAAAUCCAGAUUUCCAGCCUCAGUCAACUGAAUCAAAAUUCAAACGUCUGAAACGAGGUCAUAAGUCAGAUCGCCCCGCCGACGUCUUUAACUGGGAUGAGGAAGAAGAAGCUGCAGAUUAUGGCAGGCCUAGUCACCGCCGUCGCGACGAAGAAAUGGACGACUUUAUCGAAGAAGACGAGUUCUCGGAUGAGGAACGUCAGCGCCGAGAAGACGACGAAGAAAUUGCACAUCCCGUCCGCAAGGGAAUAUCCGGUCUUGCCAUCUCUGAAGCUACUGGCCUCGACGAAAAUGCCUUAGAAGAUAUGCGUGCGGCUUUCGGUGACGGUACCGACUAUUUGUUUGCUCUCGAAAUGGAGGAGGACGAAGAAGAGCAGCAAGAGGAAGAAACAAAGCACCUCGAUUUGAAGGACGUUUUCGAACCUACGCUAUUAGCCGAAAAGAUGUUGACUGACGAGGAUAACGAGAUUCGCUUUGCCGAUGAACCGGAACGCCAUCAAAUUGCUCGGAAGCCGUACAAAGGCGUUGUUCUGUCCGACGAUGAGUUCCGUGAAGAAGCCGUGUGGAUUUCAAACUUGAUGCUUUUGAGGAAACAACAUGUCAUUGAGGAUAACCUACAGGAGCCGUUUCAACGUGCUGUUGCCAAAGUCCUCGAGUUCAUGGUGACCGACGAUUUCGAAGUGCCUUUUAUUUUCCAACAUCGCAAGGAUUACUUGAUUCAUGCCGCCAAGGUUCCAGCUUCUCCUGACCCAGGCAACCCUGAUGCGCCGGAGUUCGUUGUACGCGCCCAGAAACUGUUGAACAUGAACGACUUGUGGGACAUUUUCGAACACGACUUGAAAUUCCGAGCUUAUAUUGAUAAGAGACAUACCUUACAAAAGACAUAUGACCGGCUUCAAGACAUGAAAAUCAAGGAUGAAAUCGUGGAUGAGAUGCUCACCGCUGCGACUACAAUGGAGGAAUUACAAGAUGUCCAGGAAUAUUUGCAUUUCCAAUACGGACCUCAAAUCAAGGAUCUCUCUUUAAAUUCGGACGAGACGAACGGUGAAGUGGAUGGCGAUGCUAAUGGACAGGCUAACGGCCAGACUACUCGCCGCAAAGCGGGUACGAACACCUUCUUUGAAAGAAUUCGCAAGAGCAACGUCUAUAGUUUGGUGCGCUCUUUCGGUAUUACUGCCGACGCAUUCGCUCAAGCCGCUUCUCAGAAUCGCCGUGGACAGUACACUGAGGAUCCCGAAAAACCACCCGAGGAGCUUGCAGAUACCGCUCUGGACACCGACUACAGCAACUCAACAAGCGCAAUGAGAGCUGCCAAGGCCAUGUUCGUGGAAGAGUUGGUGAUGAAUCCGAGAAUGCGAAAAGUCAUUCGUGAACAGUGCUACAGGAAUGGCGUUGUGGAUUGCUACCGAACAGAAAAAGGUCUUCGAAGGAUAGACGAGCAACAUCCGUACUACGAAUUUAAGUAUUUGCGUAACCAGCAACUCACGGAUAUUGCUCGACGUCCAGAGCUUUUCUUGAGCAUGCUCAAAGCUGAAGAGGAAGGAUUGAUCAACGUGACAGUCACUUUUCAAAACUUUGAUCGCUAUCGCCAAAGUCUAUACAGCCAUAUUGAGUCUGACAGUCAGAGUGAUGUCGCUGAUGCUUGGAAUCGAGAGAGACGUGAGGUUCUCGAUACCGCACUCGGCCGUCUUGUCAAACUGAUGACACGAAGCGUCAAGGAGAAUAUUCGACAGAAUUGCGAGAAUCAUGUCACUAAAGAAGUCCGCGAAGUGUUCUCGAACAAACUGGAUCAAGCUCCUUACAAGCCUAAAGGCAUGGUUCUUGGUACAGUUCCUCGAGUGCUUGCUUUCUCCAAUGGUGAUGCUCCUGUAAAUGGCGAUCACUUCAUCCACUGGGUCUGGGUUGAAGAAGAAGGCCGGCCCCAAGAGAAUGGAAAGUUUGCCAAACUGCAACUUGGAGAUGUAGAGCGUGGCGUCCCAGACGGAGAGGACGUUGCUGCAUUUGUAGAGUUGGUGCGCCGCCGCAUUCCUGAUGUCAUUGCUGUCUCAGGGCGAUCACCAGAGACUCGCAAGCUGUACAAGCUGCUUUGUGAUCUUGUCGACCGCAAAGAUCUUCGUGCUGCUCCAUAUACUGUCGGUCAAGGAAAGGAGGCGAAAGAGAUUACUGAUAGGUUGGAGGUUAUCAUGGUCAAUGAUGAAACAGCACAGUUAUACGCCAACAGCGAGCGCGCUACUGUAGACUUCCCGAUCAAACAGAGUUGGCUCACAUGUUACUGCUGUGGCAUUGCACGAUACCUCCAGAACCCGUUGAAAGAGUACGCAGCACUUGGCAAAGAUUUGGUGUCCAUUCAGUUCACACCCGGUCAGCGGUAUCUAGCCGAAGAUAUUGUUUCAAAACAAUUGGAGAGCGCCCUAGUCGAUAUGGUGAAUCUGUGCGGUGUCGAUAUCAAUGAAGCUGUGAGUGAUACGGCAACACAAACUCUCCUUCAAUAUGUCUGCGGUCUCGGACCCCGAAAGGCUUCUCAUUUGGUCAAGAUUGUUAACAUGAACGGCGGCAUUGUCAACAACCGUGUGGAACUACUUGGUGUCGAGGCGCAAUAUCCUGCUAUGGGCGUGAAAGUGUGGAACAAUUGUGCCAGCUUCCUUUACCUUGAUUGGGAGAACGUGGAGACAGAUGCUGAUCCCCUAGACAACACCCGAGUGCAUCCUGAAGAUUAUGAUAUUGCUCGCAAGAUGGCCGCUGAUGCAUUGGAACUUGACGAAGAAGACAUCAAGGCAGAGACGGACGAGUCUGGACCGGGCGCUAUUGUUCGGAAGCUUCUCAAAGAUGACCUUCAAGAUCGUGUCAAUGAUUUGAUCCUGGAGGAGUAUGCUGAGCAGCUGGAGAAGAACCUGAACCAACGCAAGCGAGCCACAUUAGAAACCAUCCGAGCCGAGCUGCAACAGCCUUAUGAAGAAUUACGAAAACAAUUCGUCUUCCCUACCACAGAUGAAAUCUUCACUAUGCUCACCGGCGAGACAAAUGAAACCCUGGCCGACGGUAUGGUUGUGCCAAUGUCCAUCAAGCGAAUUGCCCAGGACCAUAUUGAAGGAAAACUUGACUGUGGAGUUGAGGUGCUUGUUUCCGAGUCGGAUAUCACAGACCGACAUGACAUACCGCCAAGAGCACUUUUCCAAGUGCAUCAAUCCGUUCAAGGCAAGAUCUUGUACUUGAACAAGAAAACAUUCCAGUGCAACAUGACCCUUCGUGAAGACAAGGUCAGCAAAGGAUACCAGCGGCUGAUUGAGAAGCAUCGCGGUGAAUGGGAUGAUCGACAGGAACAAGAAGACCGUGACUUACUUCAAGAAAAGGCGAAAACAGAGAGCCGAUUCGUCAGAGUCAUCAAACAUCCUCUAUUCCGAGCAUACAACUCAAAGCAAGCAGAAGAGUACUUGGGAGGAAUGAACCGGGGCGACUGCGUAAUUCGCCCCUCUUCGAAAGGACCCGACCAUCUCACGGUCACAUGGAAAGUCGCUGAUGGUGUUUACCAACACAUUGACGUCCUGGAAUUGGACAAGGAAAAUGAAUACUCAGUUGGUCGGAUUUUGAAGAUCGGCGGCAAAUACACGUACAGUGAUCUGGACGAGUUGAUUGUCAGCCAUGUGCAGACAAUGGCCAGGAAGGUUGACGAGAUUAUGUCUCAUGAGAAGUACCAAAGCGGGACCAAGGCAGAUACAGAAAAAUGGUUAACAACUUACACUAUGGCAAACCCUAAACGAUCCGUUUACGCAUUUUGCAUCAACCCCAAGUACCCUGGAUAUUUCUUCCUGUGCUUCAAAGCCGGACAAAACGCAACUCUACAGAGCUGGAAUGUCAAAGUCAUUCCCCAAGGUUUUGAGCUGCAGCGCAAUCCUUACCCUGACAUGCGUGCGUUGUGCAAUGGAUUCAAGCUGCUUUUCACGAAUAUGCAAGUUGGUCGAGUUGGCCAAGGUUUGCCUCGCAGGUGA